GUCGAAGGAUCGUUGGCGGACAACGGUCCGCUAAACGCGGCCAUCGUAAAAAAGUACGCGCCGUCAUCGUUACCUACGCCGGCACCAUCAUCGUCAUCAUUAUCGCCCACCGCCGUAACGCAACAACCGUGGCCGGUGCCGGAUGCAACGGGGCAACAGCGAAAAAAUCGUAAUUACAGCAGUGCGCAGCAAUACGGAGCCGUAGCACAUUGCAGUGCAAUCGUUGGUGGUGCUGCACGACCAGUUGUUGUAUCGUAGUCCUGUCGUCCGCGUUAUCCGAUUGUUUUCACCGCCUCGCGUCGCCGGCCGUGUCGUAAUCGUCGCUACUGCUAUCGCGCGUGCGUGUCCGUCUGCCGCUCGUGCUCUGCGCUCGCGGCACGCGUGCUCGGCCGCACGUGUCGUCAUCACCCGUCGCGCAGUUGAACGCACACGUCCGACACUCGCGUACGGCUACCGCGCGAACGUCAUGCUGCAGCGCAGGAACUCCAGGCGGUUCGUCUUGUCCGAGCUUCGGACGUCCACCACCGGCAACAAGUCGCAGUUGAACGGCGGCGGCGUCGAGGACGCACAGCAACCGUCAUCACCGGCCCACGAGGAUGGCGAAGAAGACGCGUCGUCCGCCGCGGUCGAUUCGGACGAAGCGGACGACGCGUUUUGCAUACAGCUGGAACCGAUGUCGUCGUUCCCGCCGGUGGCCAGCGGCAACUCGCCGCGGCCGCUGCGCGCGUUCGCCUCGUCCGCCGGACUCCUGUCGUCUAUGCACGACGAUCGGCCGCCGUCCAAACAUGAGAUUGCCCAGUGGAAAUCGAUUAAAAAUCUAAAAUCCGGCAUCACGCCUAGUAUGUCUCAAGGCAAUGUUAUACAUCAAAGACUUACUGAAAAAGAUUUUAAUGUAAGCACUCCUGAGGAAUUUGUCAAACGUUUUAAAGGAACAAAAGUUAUUAACAAGGUUUUGAUUGCUAACAAUGGUAUUGCUGCAGUUAAAUGCAUGAGAUCUGUUCGUCGAUGGUCUUAUGAAAUGUUUAGAAAUGAAAGAGCCGUACGAUUUGUAGUGAUGGUUACACCAGAAGAUCUUAAAGCAAAUGCUGAGUAUAUUAAAAUGGCUGAUCAUUAUGUACCAGUACCUGGAGGUACAAAUAACAACAAUUAUGCUAAUGUUGAACUUAUCGUCAAUAUAGCCAUUCGUUCUCAAGUUCAAGCUGUAUGGGCUGGUUGGGGACAUGCCUCUGAAAAUCCAGAACUCCCCAAACUUUUGGAAAAAAAUAAGAUUUCUUUCAUCGGACCACCUGAUAAAGCUAUGUUUGCUCUUGGUGAUAAAAUUGCUUCAAGUAUUGUUGCCCAAACCGCAGAAAUUCCAACAUUGCCAUGGUCUGGUUUAGGUGUAACUGGUCAUUACUCUGGAAAAAAAAUUGAAAUUGGACCAGAAUUGUACAAACAAGGAUGUGUUGCUAAUAUUGAAGAAGGUAUCGUGUCCGCUGAAAAGAUAGGAUACCCAGUUAUGAUAAAAGCUAGUGAAGGUGGUGGUGGUAAAGGUAUAAGGAAAGUGGAAAAUACUGAAGAAUUCCCAAAUGCAUUUAAACAGGUCCAAUCUGAAGUCCCUGGAUCACCAAUAUUUAUUAUGAAAUUAGCUAAAUGCGCCAGGCAUUUAGAAGUACAACUUUUAGCUGAUCAAUAUGGUAAUGCUAUAUCAUUGUUUGGACGUGAUUGUUCAAUUCAGAGAAGACAUCAAAAAAUUAUUGAAGAAGCUCCUGCAGUGAUUGCUGAACCAAGCGUUUUUGAAGAUAUGGAAAAAGCCGCAGUUCGUCUUGCUAAAAUGGUUGGUUAUGUUAGUGCUGGUACAGUUGAGUAUUUAUAUGACACAGAUGGAAACUACUACUUUUUGGAAUUAAACCCUAGACUUCAAGUUGAACAUCCAUGUACAGAAAUGGUGUCUGAUGUUAAUUUACCAGCUGCUCAAUUACAAAUUUCUAUGGGCUUACCUCUUAACUGUAUCAAAGACAUAAGAUUAUUGUAUGGUGAAUCUGCUUGGGGAGAUAGCUUUAUUGAUUUUGAUGCACCAAGACAUAAACCUCAUCCAUGGGGUCAUGUAAUUGCUGCUCGAAUUACUAGUGAAAAUCCUGAUGAAGGGUUUAAACCUAGUUCUGGAACUGUUCAGGAGUUAAAUUUCCGUUCUUCAAAGAAUGUAUGGGGAUACUUCAGUGUAGCUGCUUCAGGAGGAUUGCAUGAAUUUGCUGAUUCUCAAUUUGGUCAUUGUUUCUCCUGGGGAGAAAAUCGAGAACAAGCUAGAGAAAAUCUAGUUAUUGCACUUAAGGAAUUAUCCAUUAGAGGAGAUUUCAGAACUACAGUUGAAUAUUUAAUCACACUUCUUGAAACUGAGUCAUUCCAGUCAAAUACAAUUGAUACUGCUUGGUUGGAUUUAUUAAUAGCAGAGCGAGUACAAUCUGAAAAACCAGAUGUAUUACUUGGAGUCAUAUGUGGAGGACUUCAUAUAGCCGAUCGUAAAAUUUCAGAAUCAUUCCAAAAUUUCCAAACAUCUUUAGAACGUGGUCAAGUAUUGAGUGCUAAUGCUUUAGACCACCAAGUAUCUGUUGAAUUAAUACAUGAGGGAUUUAAGUAUAAAACCACGGUUACUAAAUCUGGAUUGAAUUCAUAUUUCCUCAUCAUGAAUGGUUCAUUUAAAGAAAUUGAAGUUCAUCGUCUUUCUGAUGGAGGAAUUUUGUUAUCCUUGGAUGGAUCAAGUUUUACUACUUACAUGCGAGAAGAAGUUGAUAGAUACAGAAUCGUAAUUGGUAAUCAGACAUGUGUGUUUGAAAAAGAAAAUGAUCCAUCCUUAUUACGUUCACCAUCUGCUGGUAAAUUGAUCAGUUUUCUUAUAGAAGAUGGUGGUCAUGUCAAAAAAGGUCAAGCUUAUGCCGAGAUUGAAGUUAUGAAAAUGGUGAUGACAUUAACAGCAACAGAAAAUGGUCAUGUUUCUUAUAAUAAACGGCCCGGUGCUGUGUUAGAUGCUGGCUCAUUAAUUGCAACACUUGAAUUGGAUGAUGCAUCAUUAGUCACAAAAGCUGUUGAAUAUAAAGGACAAUUUCCUGAACUAGACGGAACUUCACAUAUUUAUGGAGAAAGUCUUAACAAUAUACAUACAUGCUACAGACGCAUGUUAGAUAAUAUUCUUGCUGGUUUUUGCUUGCCAGAACCAUAUCAUCAUGUUCGUUUAAGAGAAGUCAUCGAAAAGUUUAUGAAUUCUCUGCGUGAUCCUAGUUUACCUUUAUUGGAGUUGCAGGAAGUUAUAUCAUCAAUAUCUGGUAGAAUUCCAAAAGCUGUCGAUAAAAAAAUUAAAUCAUUAAUGAAGCUAUAUGAAAGAAAUAUAACAUCAGUUCUUGCACAAUUUCCUAGCCAGCAAAUAGCUGCUAUUAUUGAUGGUCAUGCUGCAACCUUACAAAAACGAACAGAUCGUGAUAGUUUUUUCCAAACCACCCAAGGAAUUGUACAACUAGUGCAAAGAUAUAGAAACGGAAUUCGUGGACGAAUGAAGUCUGCUGUUCAUGAAUUAUUAAAACAAUAUUAUGAAGUGGAAAGUCAAUUUCAACAUGGAAGUUAUGAUAAAUGUGCUACAGCUUUAAGAGAUAGGUAUAAAGAUGAUAUGGCUGCUGUUACUUCAACUAUAUUCUCACAUACUCAAGUGGCAAAGAAAAAUAUGCUAGUUACAAUGCUAAUUGAUCAUUUAUGGGCCAAUGAGCCUGGAUUAACUGAUGAGUUAGCUGCUACUUUAAAUGAACUGACAUCACUUAAUCGCAGUGAGCAUUCAAGAGUUGCUCUUCGUGCACGACAAGUACUUAUUGCUGCACACCAACCAGCAUAUGAAUUAAGGCAUAACCAAAUGGAAUCAAUAUUUUUAUCUGCUGUUGAUAUGUAUGGACAUGAUUUUCAUCCUGAAAACUUACAAAAACUUAUCCAGUCAGAAACUUCCAUAUUUGAUAUUCUCCACGAUUUCUUUUAUCAUUCUAACCGUGCAGUUUGUAAUGCUGCAUUAGAGGUUUAUGUAAGACGUGUUUACAUAUCGUAUGAUCUUACGUGUUUACAACAUUUGGAACUGUCUGGUGAAAUAUCAUUAGUUCACUUCCAAUUUCUUUUGCCUUCUUCCCAUCCUAACCGGCAACAAAAUAAGAUUAAUUCUGUAUCUACUGAAAACUUGGAAUCACCAACUAAAACUCCAUUACCAUACAUUCCAACAUAUCAUAGAACCGGCUGUAUGGCUGCAUUUGAAUCAUUUGCUCAAUUCGAACAAUACUUUGAUGAAAUUCUUGAUAUUAUGGAAGAUCUGUCUACUCCUGUGACUAUGCACCAAAAAAUUAUUGAUGCCUUAGAAAGUGGUAGUGAAUCUAGAUUGAGCUCUUCUCUUAAUGUGAGCUUAAAUCUUGGUGACGUCCGACCGGCAGACCAAGAAAAUCUUCAGAUGGAACCUUGUCACAUUUUGUGCAUAGCUAUGAAAGAUACUGGAAAUAUGGAAGAUGAUAAACUUGGCAAGAUGUAUGAAGAAUUUUGUCAAAAACAUAGAGAGGAAUUGAAGAAAAGAUUAAUUCGAAGAAUCACGUUUUUGGCUUUAAAUAAGAGACAAUUCCCUAAAUUAUUCACCUACAGAAACUAUGAUAAUUUUGGAGAAGAUAGAAUUUAUCGGCAUUUAGAGCCAGGUAUGGCUUUCCAAUUAGAAUUGAAUAGAAUGAGAACUUAUGAAUUAGAAGCGUUACCAACAUCAAAUAGAAAAAUGUAUUUAUAUCUAGGAAAAGCGAAGGUCCCAAGAGGUCAAGUAGUAACUGAUUAUCGAUUCUUCAUACGUUCAAUUAUAAGACAUCAAGAUUUAAUUACAAAAGAAGCUUCAUUUGAAUAUCUCCAAAAUGAAGGAGAAAGAGUAUUAUUGGAAGCAAUGGAUGAAUUAGAAGUUGCUUUUAGUCACCCUCACGCGCGUAGAACAGACUGUAAUCAUAUAUUUUUGAAUUUUGUCCCCACUGUUAUAAUGGAUCCUGGAAAAAUCAAAGAAAGUGUCACUAAUAUGGUCAUGAGGUAUGGCCCACGUCUUUGGAAACUACGAGUUCUUCAAGCUGAACUUAGAAUGACAAUACGACCUACACCAACAAGUAAAACUUCAAAUGUCCGCCUUAGUCUUGCUAACGGUAGUGGUUAUCAUUUGGAUAUUUGUCUGUACAAAGAAAUUACUGAUUCUAAAUUGGGGAUGAUUAAAUUUGAAUCAUAUGAAUCAAAGCAAGGUCCUUUGCAUGGACUCGCCGUUUCUACACCAUAUGUUACAAAAGACUUUUUACAACAAAAAAGAUUCCAAGCCCAAAGUGCUGGCACAACAUACGUGUAUGAUAUUCCUGAUAUGUUUAGACAGAUGAUUGAAACUAUCUGGCAAGAAUAUAUAGCAGAACAUCCAAAUGAUGGAGUGUUAAAAAAUAAUAUAUUAUUUGAUUAUGUUGAACUUGUUGUGGAAGAUAAUCAUAUAAUUGAACAAAAGCGUUUCUCAGGUGAAAAUACCGCUGGCAUGGUUGCUUGGAAAUUUACAAUGAGUACUCCUGAGUAUCCUUCUGGUAGAGACAUCAUUGUAAUCGCUAAUGACUUAACAGUAAAUAUUGGUUCAUUUGGUCCACAAGAAGACAUUGUAUUUGAUUUGGCAUCUAAAGAAGCUAGGAGAAGAAAAAUUCCACGUAUUUAUAUAUCUGCUAAUAGUGGAGCUCGUAUUGGUCUUGCAGAAGAAAUAAAAAGUUUGUUUAAUGUGGCAUGGGAAGACCCAUCAGAUCCAGAAAAAGGAUUUAAAUAUUUAUAUUUAACACCAGAUGACUACGGUAAAUUAGCUGGACAAAAUUCAGUUGAAGCUGAAUUGAUUGAAGAUGAAGGGGAACCACGAUACAAAUUAACUGACAUUAUUGGAAAGGAGUUUGGUUAUGGUGUUGAAAAUUUAAAAUUUGCUGGAAUGAUAGCCGGGGAAACAUCUCGUGCUUAUCAAGAUAUUGUUACUAUUUCAAUGGUAUCUUGUCGUGCUAUUGGUAUUGGAGCUUACCUUGUACGACUUGGUCAAAGAGUUAUUCAAAUCGAAAACUCUCACAUUAUCCUUACAGGAUAUAGUGCCUUGAAUAAGCUUCUUGGCCGUGAAGUAUAUGCAUCAAACAAUCAAUUAGGUGGCAUUCAAAUUAUGUAUAACAAUGGUGUUUCUCAUAAAACUGAAGCUAGAGACUUAGAUGGUGUAUAUAGAAUUUUAAAAUGGCUCUCUUACAUUCCAAAGACUAAAGAAUCUCCCUUGCCUAUAAUAAACAGUGUGGAUCCUGUAGAAAGAGAUAUAGACUAUGUACCAACUAAAGUUCCAUAUGAUCCUCGUUGGAUGAUUGCUGGAAAAGAAGAUUCAAAUGGCCAUUGGGAGUCUGGAUUUUUUGACAAAGGAUCUUGGGAUGAAAUAAUGCAACCGUGGGCACAAACUGUUGUAUGUGGAAGAGCGAGACUUGGAGGAAUUCCAGUUGGUGUUAUUGCUGUUGAAACGAGAACAGUAGAAGUUGUUUUACCAGCAGAUCCUGCCAAUUUAGACUCUGAAUCCAAAACUGUCUCACAAGCUGGACAAGUAUGGUUUCCAGAUUCUGCUUAUAAAACGUCACAAGCUAUUAAAGAUUUUGCUCAUGAAGAUUUACCACUUUUCAUUUUUGCUAACUGGAGAGGAUUUUCUGGUGGAAUGAAAGAUAUGUAUGAACAAAUUAUGAAAUUUGGUGCUUAUAUUGUUGAUGAACUAAGACAAUACAAUCAGCCAAUUAUUACGUAUAUUCCACCAUUUGGUGAGUUACGAGGAGGUGCUUGGGCUGUUGUAGAUACUACUAUUAAUCCAAGACACAUUGAGAUGUACGCGGAUCCAGAUAGCAGAGGUGGUAUUCUAGAACCAGAAGGAAUUGUUGAAAUUAAAUUCCGCGAAAAAGAUAUAUUAAAAUCUAUUCACAGAAUUGAUACGAAUAUUUUGAGUCUCAAAGCGAACACUAAUCCUACCCCUGAACAAGCUAUAGAAAUUGAGAAGGAUGUUGCUGACAGAGUUUCUGUAUUGAAACCUAUUUUUCAUCAAGUUGCAGUGCAUUUUGCUGACUUGCAUGAUACACCAAAAUGCUUACUGAGUAAAGGUGUUAUAAAAGAUAUUGUAGAGUGGAAGAAAUCUCGUAAUACAUUAUAUUGGCGACUGAAAAGACGUUUAUUACAAAAUCAAAUACAAAAAGUCAUCACAAAAUCAAAUGAUGCUAUUCAAGAUGAUGUUGCCUAUGAAAUGUUAAGAAGGUGGUUUGUUGAAGACAAAGGCACCACAGCUUCUUAUCUAUGGGACAACAAUCAAGCUGUAGUUCAAUGGCUAACAAGUCAACUUAAUGAAUCUGAUGGUACGAUCUUACCUGAUUCAUUGAUUGCUAACAACAUUAAAAGUGUUAGAAAAGAUGCAGUCAUAAAUCAAGUCAAAUCUACAAUUAUUAAUACGCCUGAAGUUACUUCAGAUAUAAUUAUGGGCAUGUUCCAAAGCUUAUCUGAAAUGCAGCGUCUUGACUUGAUUCACAAUUUGACCCAGUUAACGGGUAUUGGAAAUGUGAAUUUAAAUAGUUGA